GGUGGCACUGUGGAUAUAUGGAGUGGCACGUGAACCAGGAACAGUCACCCGGAACAAGCAAGAAUGCCUGUUUUAAAGUGCUACUUUCUAUUGUGCAUUAGUUUAAUCCAAGUGCAUAUAACACUACGUAGUUCCUGUCUUUCCAGCCCACGCCUCCGUGCGUAUUUAAAACCACAGUGGUUUGCGCACGCAAAUGGGAUUAAUCUAAUGACAGCGUGCACGAGCUUGUCUCCAUAGCGACACAAUAUAUUUUUCUUCCGGGAUGAGUCAUCCUUGUACCUGAUUUCCGACUCGGACAUGGGAGGCAACGUUCUGCUUUACUGGCCGAAUAUUAUUGGAUACACGAGGAUCGGCCUUGUGUUUGCUGCAUGGGCCUCCUGGGAGACCCCGGGAGUGUUCAUGGCUCUCUACUCAACACACGUGGCUCUUGAUGGAGUGGACGGCUGGAUGGCGCGGAGGCUGGGCCAGACCUCCAGGUUUGGUGCCUGGCUGGACGUGGUGGUGGACAACCUGGGCCGAGGCAUGCUGUGGAGCCGGCUUUUUGAGUGGGGCUGGCUGGUGUCUGCUUUGGAGUGGUGUGUGUUUGUGUGUAACCACAAUGCCAGAGGGGAGCAGUGGAAGAGUGGUUUCAUCAGCAGCCCUCGAUUCAUCCAAGCCGUCAUGGAAAACGGGUUUCGAACACCUCUUGGCACGUGGGUGGUGAGCGGGCUGCACUGCCUCCCCCUUUGGCUCUAUGGGGGUCAGAAAGGUGUACUGACUCACUGGCUGUAUCUGCCUCCCUGGAUCCAGGUUCUGGGGACACUGCUGCUUGCUGCAGGCCGCCUGCUGGCUCUGUCAGUGGAGAUAUGGUGUAUAUGGACACAUAUCGAAUACCUCACCAAUGACGAGUCGGAAGAGAAAAGGAACUGACUCUAAUGUCCUGUCUAAGCUGAAGCAAUGCUUACGUUUCUGCUGACUGUGGGGACUUAUGUGUGUCGUCUCUGAAGGGGUGGUGGAGGUCUGCUGCAUCCCAUCUCAAGGAGUUGGAUAGACCCUUCCUCCCUUCCCCAGUUAUAUUUAUAACCUACCAUGCCAUCUGAUGGAAACCUCUGUGAUGUCACAAACUCAACAGCUUCUUAAGAUCAUCUGUGAUGUCACAGGACAGGCUCUCUGGACAUCUGUUUAGGGGUUGGGGCUGCCAUGAAGCUCACAACACUUCAGUGUGCAGUAGGUACCAUGUUGGUAAGUGGGUUCUUGCAUAGGUAUUAAUUUGUAUAAAUAUAUUUUAUAGAAAAAAUGUCAUGAAACCUCACUUUAGUGAAGUAUGCGUUCUCUCACUUUUUAUUCUGGACCAACAAAGCGCAUUUAUUUUAAGUUCUCUUCUCUGCAGUUGCUGGGGGCGUGACCCCAUUUCCAUUGGUCUCAUGAACCACAUUAGAGUCCCCCAUUGACCCAAUAUUCAAAUUCCGGAACAUAUGCAGAAGUUUCUCUCACCAUGGAAAUAGAGACCUCCAUGUACUGUAUUAUCUGUGCAAUGUAUGUGGCAAUAAAUGACUUUUGUGUCUGAUUCUGAUUACCCAUGCGUCACAAUAAUAGGCUCAGGCGGUCCUGUUGUGGCCCUCGUCUACCUGCUGUACAAAGCCACACAUUUUAACAUUAAAACACUCAACUGUUCCCACUGUGUGUCUGGGUACCCCAGUAUCAUUGCUCUAGCAGAGAUUUCUAUUAAGUGGCAACACACAAAAAAACAUAUGCUUCCAUAUCAUGUCUAUUUUCAGAC